AUGGGCGAAAACGGGGCAAAAGGGAAACCAGGCACAACUGCGUGUGCUAGCUGCUAUAAUGCGAUAGAAGCGGAACAACAUGUGGCCGCAGUUGGUCAGCUGUGGCAUGAGGAAUGUUUCAGAUGUUCGGUUUGUGAUGCACGGCUGUCGAGUUGGUAUUUCGAGAAGGACGGGCUGUUGUUCUGUAGGGAUGAUCAUUGGUCGAAGUUUGGUGACUGCUGUCAGCAGUGUUCGCAGUUUAUCUCCGGACCUGCGAUGUUUGCCGGUGAUCACAAAUUCCAUCCGGAAUGUUUUCGUUGCGAAUUGUGUAAAGUAUUUAUCGGCGACAGAGAAUCCUACGCACUGCUGGAACGAUCGAAGCUAUACUGCGGUGUGUGCUACAAGCGUCAGCAGAAAGUAUUGGAAGUGGAUCGCAAUGAUACAAUAGUUUUACCGGCGAAAGAGAGACACAAACUUCCGCAUUCCAUCCGGCUGGUUGAGAUACCCUGGAGCGGCAACCGAUCUGAUCGUAUACGUUUGGCAACGGACGAAAAACCGUACAGUACGUCCCUGAAAGGUGUUGCUAACGGAUGCAAAGGCGUUCGAAUAUCGGAGGUGUUCUGUACCGCCUACGGACAACUAGGAAAGUACAUUUUUUCUUGUAUUAAUACCGCGUUGGAUUCUUGCUGUGGUUUGCUUCACUUUAGAGUAACGCUCAAUUCAGAUUUAAUGUCACUGCGGGUCGGCGAAAAGGUACUGGAAGUCAAUGGUACACCCGUACGCGAUGUACCGCUGGAAAGUUUGCAAAAUCUUAUCGAAGCCUCGGCCGGUAAAGCACUUCAGCUGACAGUGGAACACGAUCCGGAUAUAGUUGAGCAACCGGUGACGGGUGCUAAAGGUUGCGAAGGAAUUCUGUCAUCUUCCUAUAGUGGUGUAUCAAAGUGUCCUGAUGCGUUAAACAAUAACGAGGACGAUGAAUCCGCACGGAGUCUAUCGCCCAGUAAGCUUGAACGUAUAUUCAAAAAGAAGGAUGAAGGUUACAUGAGUGGAUCGUCGAGAAAGUUACAGAAACGUUUAAAGGAUGUCAAUUGCAAUACUGCUACCAAUAGUUUAAAGGAAAAAGAACGCAGCUCUAGCAUGUCUCGCUUGCUAGACGAACAUCGUACCAUGGCAACGGGAGGUGAAUUUUACGACCUCUCGCGGACUAAAUCGUUUCGCGUAGAACCGAAAGCAGCACGCAUCUUCCGUGCUUCGGAUCUGGUGCAGGGCGAAUUACUGGGGAAGGGAUUUUUUGGACAAGUGUUCAAAGUGACGCAUCGCGUUACUCAGGAAGUGAUGGUGCUAAAGGAACUGUAUCGUGUCGAUGAGGAAGCCCAGAAAAAUUUUCUCAAAGAGGUCGCUGUUCUACGAUCGCUAUCGCAUCACAACGUGUUACGGUUUAUUGGUGUGCUGUAUAAGGACAAGAAGUUACACCUGGUGACGGAAUUCAUACCCGGCGGCUCGUUGAAGGAGUUGAUACACGAUUCAGGACAACCGCUUAGCUGGGAACAGCGGAUAUCGUUUGCGCGAGAUAUUUCGAGCGGCAUGAGUUACCUACACUCGAUGAACAUCAUUCAUCGAGAUCUAAACUCGCUAAACUGUUUGGUGCGCGAGAAUGGCACGGUGAUAGUGGCCGAUUUUGGGCUGGCGCGAAUCAUUAAGCAACCGUUAAUCAGUACCACUGCGUAUGAAAAAUGUACUGCUACACCGAGCGGAAAUGGUACGAUCGGACGUAGGGGACGGCCGCGCCGACAACGAUAUACAGUGGUGGGUAACCCUUACUGGAUGGCACCGGAAAUGAUGCGCGGCAAUAAGUACGACGAAAAGGUGGACAUCUUCUCGUUCGGCAUCAUGUUGUGUGAGAUCAUUGGACGAGUGCAGGCCGAUCCGGACUAUUUACCCCGGUUGCCAGAUUUCGGACUGAACGAGAAGGUUUUUCGGGAAAAAUUUUGCGGCCAGUGUCCGGAGCCUUUCUACAAGAUUGCCUUUCUGUGCUGUGAUUUGAACCCAGACAAACGGCCUCCGUUUCAUGUGCUGCAAGGUUGGCUAGAAACCAUGGUAACGGUAGUAGCCCUGAAGCGACCGAUUCCGACAAGAAUCAUCGAUGAAAUAGAGAACUUUAAGGAGCUGCAAAGCACAGAAUCAAGUUUGUGUACCACUCCUGAUGGCUUAACGACUCCACCACCAGCAUCUGGUGGGUAUGGUCUCAAGCCAUCGCUCAGCCGGAAGCGCAUUUGUGAGGGUCAGGAAGAAGACCAUGCAGAACGGCAACAUAAGAUGACCGAUGUGCAAACGACGAGUCUAGAUAUGGUAAACGGUGUUUGUAAUGUGCCUGUAGAUAGUAAUGUUCGUAUGCCAUAUACCUCCCCCAGUGCUGUUCCGCAUUCGGAAGGAAUAAUCGGUGCACCUGCAUCAGUAGGGCCAGGUUUCGUUGUAGUGGAUUUUAACGAUAUACCAAAGUCACCACACCUGGGUAAAGAUUUCUCCGCUAAUGGAGAUCGCAUACGCGACAGUAUACGUGCGAAGCGACGUCAACGAAUGAUGCUGAGUCGAGAGAAUCAACGAAAGUCGCUCGAUUCCAGUUUGUUAGCUGCUCGGCUUGGAACUACUGAUCAGCUUGCGGAUGCUAGCUGUUCGACAGAUGACGGUAGUGCAUCGGAACCGAUCAGCUUAAUUAUGACAAGCGAAAUGAUCGCAAAGGAAGGUUUGCCCAAUGUGGCUGUUAGACCAACCACGGAUCAGAUACUUGCAUCGGUAAAAGAUAGCUUGGAACGUAAAAAAUCUCCACUACAAGAUGUGCAAUCUCAUGGCCAUCAGGUUGCUGUUCGAGACGGGAGUACGUUUGUGGAUGAACCGUUAGUUCAACAGAAAACGAAGCAUUACGGUGAGAAAGGAUUCUUAAUUCAUCUUCAAAAUGGACAUCUUACCCUGAACAAUGUGCGCGAUCUGGAGAACUGUUCGGACUUUGACUCGAGUUGCGAUACCAGUUUGAACUACUUGGAGGUAAACGGUAAUCGAGUUGACAAUGAGGUGUGGGAAUCUAUCAUCGCUCGUACAGAAACAUGUGUGAAUAAUCUAGCCCAUAUGCCUGGGGAUCGUGAGAGGGAGAUCUUUCCUUUAGGUGAACGCAAAAAGUGUGAAAAAGAAAACAUUGCUCUCGAUGAGGAAUUAAAGCCAAUGCCCGUGGAAACCAAAAAGAAUUUCACAUCUUUGAAAGCUUCCUCCCCUUUGGCGUCGAUUUUACCGGAAAGUAACAGCGCAACAACGGGGUUGGUAGAUGGUAAUACCAUGGCGGCCAGAAGAGAGGAAAAAUCUAUAACCUCUAGUGCUCAAAAAGCCGUCCAAUAUACCAGGAAAUUGUUCCGCGCCGCUGAACCUUCAACGAUUGCAAGUACGCCAUCCAGUUCAAAGCAUAAUUAUGACAUUGCUGGAACGCAUCGAUCUACAAUAACAGCGGGAUCAAAAGUUACUGGUAAAGGAACUGGACACGUGCGUACGACUUCGUCGGAACGAUCGAUAUUUUCAACCAAACAAAAAAUAUCUCCAACGUCCGAUCCGGAACCGCAAACCGGAUUUGGGGCCACAAUUUCUGCAUCAGCACUGGAUAGUGACCUUCCGAUGGGAGAUCGCAUAGCAAAAUCCAAUGUUGUUAGACCAUCUGUCCAUAUUACGGUGCAUUCGUACAAAUCUAAACCAAAUGAACCUACAGAUGUGGGAAAGGGGGGACAAACGUUACGGUUAUCUUCAGGGAAACGCACUGGGGGUGUGGUUGGGAAACCAGGUAGUGGAAGUAGAGCACCCGUUGUUGCUGACAAUGCAGUUUGUGUUGAUGAGAUGAUUCCAUCCACUGGUAAACCUCCGAUCAGUUGCACAGGUUCUGCAAAUUUGCUAAAGUUAAGCAAGGGUCGUACGUAUCGACCGGUAGACCGGAUGACAGUGCACUACAAUGAAGUUCGCGCCAACUCAGGCAGUAGGGAAAAGUAUACAUCAACCCUUUCGCCAACGGUUGGCAGUAGUGGUAGUAAUUCACGUCCAGAGUCCCCUUCUCAAAUAGCCCUAAAUGGAAGCCGCUCUGUUACUGGCAGCAAUGGCAAUGGUAACCGCAGUAUCGGCAUUCUUUCCCCAGCUAGCAUUAGACGUCUUAAUGCUCGUCUGCUAGAGACACGCAAGGUAAAUACCGGGUUUUCGCAGGAUCAUUCUGUAUCUGCAGCGCUCAAGGGCAAAGGAAUUGGCCCAAUGCUAGGUGGAACGAAAGGACCCGGAAUUGCAAGAAAAGUGCCGUUGUCGCCGUCUAGUCCGGUGCGAGGAACUACGCACGGUGGGGCCGUGUCCGGCGGUUGUAUUAGAGAGCGGAAGGUACUCUCACCGACAGCCCUUGUCAAGGUGCCGAAGUAA